AAUCGAAUCGACUCGACAGAAACAAACGAAUUAAAGCAUCAAUUAUGUAGAUUUGUCACAGAAUACACUACACGGAGGAGGAGACACAAGGGGUGGCGAAAUGGGAUGGGCCAUAGCUCUACAUGGCGGCGCCGGUGAUAUUCCACUCUCUAUUCCACCUGAACGCCGCCUUCCUCGGGAGGCCGCACUCCGCCACUGUCUGCAUGUCGGCGUUGAGGCGCUUAAGGCGCAAAAUCACCCCUUGGACGUCGUCGAACUUGUGGUUCGCGAACUUGAAAACCAUCCAAACUUCAAUGCUGGUAGGGGAUCUGUCUUAACCACAUCUGGCACAGUUGAGAUGGAAGCUUGCAUUAUGGAUGGCAAAACUAAGAAAUGCGGAGCCGUUUCUGGUGUUACAACUGUUGUCAAUGCCAUAUCUCUUGCACGUUUGGUCAUGGAGAAGACUCCUCAUAUAUAUCUUGCUUUUGAUGGCGCAGAGGCUUUUGCGAGGGAACAAGGUGUUGCUUUGAUGGAUUCAAGUUAUUUUAUCACUUCCGAAAAUGUUGAAAGGCUAAAACAGGCAAAGGAAGCUAACAGAGUUCAACUUGAUUAUACCCAACCCCUUUCAAAAGAUGAGAAGAAACAAACUCUAACUGCUGAUGGAGAUAGCCAAAUUGGAACUGUGGGUUGCGUAGCUGUUGAUCAGCAUGGAAAUUUAGCGACUGCUACAUCAACUGGUGGAUUUGUUAACAAAAUGGUGGGCAGGAUUGGGGACACACCCAUAAUUGGCGCUGGAACAUACGCCAACAACCUCUGUGCGGUUUCUGCCACAGGUAAAGGAGAAGCAAUAAUACGAGGCACUAUUGCGAGGGAUGUGGCUGCUCUAAUGGAAUUCAAAGGCCUUUCUCUUGAGGAAGCAGCCGCUUAUGUUGUGGAGGCUGCUCCCGCGGGAACUGUUGGGUUGGUUGCUGUUUCUGCCACCGGAGAAGUGACCAUGCCAUUUAAUUCAACAGGCAUGUUUCGAGCUUGUGCUACUGAAGAUGGGCUUUCAGAAAUUGGAAUAUGGCACUCUUCGCAGAAUUGAGCGGCAUCUGUUUAGCUUUAUCUGCUCUAGUAUCUCAUCAAAAAACUCAUGCACUGUUUGCACUGUUUGGUUAGUAUAAUGCCAUGAGGCAAAGAGCUACUCAAGUUACAGACAUGUUCAACACUAAUGAUAAGCAAAACUUGGAAUCA